AUGGGCCACAGCCACGGCCGCAGCCACGUGGGCCAGCACCGGAAGCACCCAGGAGGCUGGGAUGAUGCUGGCAGCAUGCAUCACCACCUGAUCAGCCUCAACAAGUAUGACUCAGGUCACUUUGGAAAAGUUAGUGUGAGGCAUUACUCCUUAAAGAGAAACCACAGCCUCUACCCAGCUGUCGACCUUGACAAACUGUGGAUCUUGGUCAGUGAGCCGACACCAGUAAAUGCUGCCAAACACAGGACUGGAGUUGUUCCUAUCACUGAUGUGCUGUGCCCUGCCUACUGCAAAGUUUUGGGGGAAGGGAAAGCUCCCAAAACGGCCUGUCACUGGGCAAAGCUCUUGCGCCUGCCAUUACGUAAACUCACGAAAAAGCCGCAAAUGGCUGUCAUCUUCUUCACGGGUAACAGCAAGUGCUCUCAACAGUCACCAAGGCAGCACACACUACUUAUUCCUCCUGUCAUCCCCUUAAUGCCUGACCUUUCCUGA